AUGGCCUCACACCAGAUCCUCUCAACACUCCAUCUAGACAGCGUCCCAACAUGGCGUCUUGCCCUUGUGGGCUUUGUGGCCUUGCCCAUCCUCUUUGCCCUCGGAUUCUAUCUCUGGGUCACGCCCAAUUCCCUCAAAGAUUCACGACGCAAACACCUCCCGCCGGGUCCGCCUGGUCUGCCGUUUCUGGGCAAUUACUUUGAACUGUCCAAUGCCGAAACGUUUCGGUUCCAGGCCAUGAAAUGGGCCAAACAAUACGGCGAUGUCUUUUACACCCGAAUGGGCGGCUCAGACUACAUCUACCUGUCUUCUCCUACCGCGGUCAAGGAACUCAUGGACAAGAAAUCGGGCAUCUACUCUUCUCGGCCGCCGGCGCCCCUGGCCAGCGACGUGGCCUCGGCUGGGCGUCGCCAACUCUUCAUGGCCUACGGCCCACGGUAUCGAGUGGUCCGCAAGAUCGCGCACGCCCUUCUCAACAUCAAUGUCUCGACGAGUUACCAGCCCAUCCAAGAUCUGGAAUCGAAACAACUCAUGUACGACCUGGUCCACGACCCGGAGCACUUUUACGACCACAACCGACGCUACUCAAACAGCGUCAUCAUGACCGUCGCGUAUGGACACCGGCAAAAGGACUUUGACGGUGCCCUGACCAAGAAAAUCUACUCUGUCGUCAACAAUCUCCAACUCUUCUCGACACCCGGUGCCUUCUUGGUCGACACGUUCCCGUCCCUUCGAUACUUCCCGCAGUGGAUGUUCGGCAACUGGCGCAAGUUUGGCGAGAAGUGUUUCAAGCACGACUCGGCCGUGUACCUGGGCCUGUGGGGGGAUUUAAAGAAGGAAGUCGACGAGGGCAAGGCCAACCCUUGCUUCGCAAAGGACUUUUACCUCAGUGACCCGAAGAAGGUGGGACUCGACGAACUCCAGGCCGCGUACCAGACCGGCGGUCUCGUCGAGGCCGGUUCUGAAACGACGUCGGCAUAUUUGAACUCGUUUAUCCUCAACAUGACCGGCAACCAGCGCGUGAUGAGGAAGGCCCAAGAGGAGAUUGACCGGGUCGUGGGCUCGGACAGACUGCCUGACUGGGCGGACGAACCCAACUUGCCUUAUCUCCGCGCCAUCAUCAAGGAAUUGUUGCGCAUGCGCCCGCCCAACAAGUUUGGCAUUCAGCACUACACCACGGCCGACGAUUGGUAUAAUGGAUUCUUCAUCCCCAAGGACACGGUGGUCGUCUUGAAUUGGUGGGCGAUCAACUACGACCCAGACCUAUGGGACAAGCCUGAAGAAUUCAUGCCCGAACGGUUCUUGGGCUACGAACUCCCGGCCGCAGCUUACCUGAACAUCGCAAACCCGAACGAACGUGACCACUGGUCCUACGGGGCCGGGAGACGGGUCUGUCCCGGGGUCCACGUCGCCGAGAAGUCUCUGUUCCUCAACAUCGCCCGGGUGCUGUGGGCGUUCAACAUCUCCAAGAAGGUCGGGAAGGACGGGAAGGUCAUUGAACCCAAUUCGGACAUGGUGCCGGGCUGGAUGACGAUCCCUAAACCUUUUGAAUGUGAGAUUACGCCAAGGUCGGAGAAGAAGGCCGCUCUGAUUGAUCAGAUCUGGUUGGCCAAGAAGGCGGAACUUGGGGAGUAG